UCCGGGACACGCAAAACUUCCAGCUUUAGUGUGAUGCUAUUCUUCGAAAAAUAUCCCCUACUUUAUGGACGACUUGUUGCAGUAACGCGGAGGCGAUGAUAAACCAAACGGGACUGUCGUAGUUUAUGUCACAGAAUCGCCCGCGUGGCUCAACGGGGGUGAAGGUGAACGCGUUUGAGCCCCGAGAGUGUGCAUUUCGUCCGAUAGAUGGCGGUCGUGCAACUUAAUGGCUGGCGACCGCCGUGAAACGACUCCGAAGAAGAAGACAAAGACAAGGAAACGGCAGACCAAUAAACAAGACACAGACAUGCAACCGAGGGAUUAAAAAGGCUCAAUUCACUGGCGCGUGGGUGAGCUCGCAAGAGAUAUGUCAUCUGAGGAGCAUGGAGAUGGUCAAAACUGUCAACCUGUGGCCGUGGCGCCUGAAAGAAUGACGACCGCACAAGAUGACGACAAUCAGCAUGCGGUCAAGACGAUAAGCGGCAGCACAGACACCAGCACAACUGCCAAAAACUUGGCUUUGCUUAAAAAGCACUCGCUGGAUGUGAAAUUUGAUGUGGGCGAGGAGUAUGACGUCAUUGAAACCAUUGGCACCGGUGCCUAUGGUGUCGUGUCAUCUGCCAGGAGACGAGAUAAUGGCCAGCAGGUGGCGAUAAAGAAGAUCUCCAAUGCCUUCGAAGUGGUGACAAACGCCAAGCGUACCUUGAGGGAGCUGAAAAUUCUCAAGCACUUUAAACAUGACAACAUCAUCGCCAUCAAAGACAUCCUGCAGCCGAACCUUCCUCACUCUGCCUUCAAGUCUGUGUAUGUCGUGCUGGACCUCAUGGAAAGUGACUUGCACCAGAUCAUCCACUCAGUCCAAGCGCUCACCCCGGAGCACACUCGCUACUUCUUGUACCAGCUCCUCCGCGGCCUUAAGUACGUGCACUCUGCCAACGUCAUCCACCGGGACCUCAAGCCCUCCAACUUGCUGGUGAACGAGAACUGCGAGCUGAAAAUCGGAGACUUCGGCAUGGCCAGGGGUCUGAGCUCCCAAGCAGAGGACUCUCAUUCCUUCAUGACCGAGUAUGUGGCGACACGAUGGUAUCGGGCUCCCGAGCUGCUCCUGUCCCUGAAUCAUUACACUUUGGCCAUUGACAUGUGGUCCGUGGGCUGCAUCUUUGCCGAAAUGUUGGGGCGAAAGCAGCUUUUUCCCGGCAAGCACUACGUCCACCAGCUCCAGCUCAUUUUGUCCGUGUUGGGCACCCCUCCCAAGGGGCUAAUUGGUGCUAUUAGAGCCGACAGGGUGCGUUCGUACGUUCAGUCUCUUCCGUCCCAAUCUGCUGUGCCCUUAGCCAAACUGUACCCCCAAGCAGAGCCUGGCGCUCUGGACCUGCUUGCUUCCAUGCUCCGCUUUGACCCACGCGAGCGAAUCAGUGUGACUCAGGCACUGGAACAUCCGUACCUGGCCAAGUACCACGAUCCAGAUGACGAGCCAAUCUGCGUGCCGGCGUUCGACUUUGAGUUUGACAAGCUUCCCAUAAGCAAGGAGCAAAUCAAAGAGGAAAUUCUCAUGGAGAUCCAAGACUUUCAUAGAAACAAGCAGGGCUCGCGUCAGAGGCUCCAGUUUAGGCCAUUGGUGAGGACAAACGGCAGCGGUGUCGGCGGAGGAGCCGCAACACAAAGCAGUAAGGUCUCCUCGACGAGCCUAAGUGAGUCCACACGGGUUCCCAGCAAACAGAACCAGCAGAGAGAGGCGGAGUCGACAGAGCAACGAAGACCAGCCGAGGUUAACCGGACAUUCACAAAUCAAAUGGACACAUGUAAUAAAGAUGCCCUCAAUUUACCGUGCCUCACGAAAAGCGAAAGCGGUCCGGUCGACGUGGACAUGCCCAGCGCCAGUUCGGACAGUGGCCAACCGGAGACCAUCGAUUUGACCACACCCGAGACCGGUCACGUUGCGGAACCCAUGCGGGACAACGAGGGGCAGGAAAGGAGGCCUCAGCCCAGCCGGAACCAGAACCAGAACCAGCACCAGCCUCCUUCCUCCAUGACACCUUUAGCCAGUACUGUGCCUUCUCUGUCGCUGUCAGCUGCCCAAGCUCAGUCACUGUCCCACAGCCUCUCACAGUCACUGGCUACGAACCAGAGGCCUGCCCAAGGUACCUCAGAGGGGCCCAGGAAAGAAGGGACGAUAUCAGAAGACACCAAAGCAGCUCUGAAAGCAGCUUUAUUCCGAAAUAAAGCCAGAGGUGAUGGAGGUGUUCCUCCACUGGGCACAGAGGUGUCCACUGGAGGAGGAGGAACAUCGUCGUCUAUUUCCAAUCCAGAGUCGCGUCGGCCCGUCACAGCUCAGGAACGCCAGCGAGAGCGUGAGGAGAAGCGGAGGAAGAGGCAGGAACGAGCCAGGGAGAGGGAGAAGAAACUGAAGGAGAAGGAGCGGCGAGAGGGAAGGCAUGGGGACUCGCUGGGCGGAGUCCUGCUGAGUGACGACGACAAGAGCCUCUUGCAGCGGUGGACAAAGAUGAUGGACAGCCGCAAUGACAAAUCUCACGCGCCUAAUAGCGAAGGAGGAAAGAAUAAUGUGAAUGUUGUUUUGGGGGACAAUGCUCAAGGAUCACCUAACAACAAACCUGAAAAGGAAACAACAAAGUUUCCAUCUCACGAGCAGCUAAUCUCUCAAGUCCGAGCCAGUCAGUCUGGUUUUCUGCAGCCUCCCAGCAAAAGCCAGCAAUUACUCUUUGCAAUGAGCCAGAAGAAACCAGCAGAUGUUGUCCUUGCCGUAAGCAGCUGCGUGGACCUGAUGGCAGUCUCUGGUGGCUUUGUUAAGAACAACACGCUCAAACCUCACGACGAGAGCGGUGGCCCGAGCGGGUUCAACUGCUUCGGUAAUUGGAGCGGACAGCAAUUAGAGAGUGGGCCAUCACAACACGCAAAAUUGCACAAGACACUGCCACAGCAAAACUUUCUCACAACGCAAAGUCACGCCGUAACCAACUCCCAGAAGCAGCUUCUUCCAUUGGAGACUUUUUUGACCAAAGGCCCGACCACACUAAGCACCAGCGAAGCCAACGGGGAUAUUGGCGGCAACAAUCACCUCAACCAUCACCUCACGCCCUCGACUGCUAACACCGGGCCUGUGGAGAAGCUGUGUUCCUCCGUUGGGGAAAAAUCUCUGUGCGGGAUCCCCUCACAUGCUCAUCCCAGUUUGGGCUUCACAGAUACUGGACAGGAAGGGCCCUCCAUUGCCCCUGACAUCCACACAGUAACACUACAGCUCUCCAAGUCUCAGGUUGAGGACGUGUUGCCCCCAGUGUUUUCGGUCACCCCUAAAGGCAGCGGGGCGGGCUACGGCGUGGGCUUCGACCUGGACGAUCUUCUCACUCAGUCACUCACAGAGCUGCAACACUGUGACCGAGACAGUUACGACUCGGCUCCACUUUCAGCCUCGCUUUUAUCCGAUUGGAGCGAGGUUCACCGAAUGACGCUGGCCGACCUGGAAUCGCUGCAGCAGGAGCUCCAGCUGGGCUCUCCCAUGAUUCUCUGUGAUUCCAUCCCACCUGAUGCCUGACCGAGUGCCCAUGCUUGUUUGAAUGUCAGGAUUUUUUGACUGAAUGAAUUAAUUUAAAAGUAAUUUUAGUUUUGUGAACUGCAUUACCAUGUUUUUUUUUUUUUUUUUUACGUUGGUCUCCUAGACCUAAAAACAAACAAACAAAUCACCGUAUCAGCCUGUGAAUGU